AGGGUUCCCUUCACACACUCAUUCACUUUCUCUCUCCUCUAAAAAGUCCAUCUUUGCUGCUGCUUCUUCUUCUUCUCUCUUCCAUCAGUCUCUGAAAAACAGAGGCGGAGUUGCAAGAAGAAGAAGAACCACCACCACCAAAAAACAGAGUGAUUAGCAACAUCUAAUAACUGUUACUAAACAUAUACACCCAAAACCAUACAGUUAUUCUUUUUCUUCUGGUACUAUAUAUAUUUCUCUGGGAAAGAUAGGGUUUUUAUUUGAAGAAAAAGGGGAACUGUGAUGCCGAUGGAUGAAGGGGUGUUGGAUGAUAUAAUAAAGAGAUUAUUAGAAGCAAAGAACGGGAAAACAACGAAACAAGUGUUGAUUACUGAGGCUGAAAUCAGACAGCUUUGUGUUGCUUCUAAAGAGAUUUUUAUUUCUCAGCCUAAUCUUCUUGAACUUGAAGCUCCUAUCAAGAUUUGUGGUGAUAUUCAUGGUCAAUAUUCUGAUCUUCUCCGGCUGUUUGAAUAUGGGGGUUUGCCUCCUGAGGCUAACUAUCUGUUCCUUGGUGACUAUGUUGAUCGUGGUAAACAGAGCAUAGAAACCAUUUGCCUUCUCUUAUCGUACAAAAUCAAAUAUCCAGAGAACUUCUUUCUACUCAGAGGCAAUCACGAGUGUGCUUCCAUCAACCGUAUUUAUGGGUUUUAUGAUGAAUGUAAGAGGAGGUUUAAUGUCCGUCUGUGGAAAGCUUUUACUGAUUGCUUUAACUGCUUACCGGUGGCUGCUAUCAUUGAUGAAAAGAUCCUUUGUAUGCAUGGAGGGUUGUCUCCUGAUCUGAAACACUUGGAUCAGAUUAGGAAUAUUGCUCGCCCUGUGGAUGUCCCUGAUCAAGGCCUUCUCUGCGAUUUGCUCUGGGCUGAUCCUGAUAAAGACAUCCAAGGUUGGGGUGAGAAUGACAGAGGUGUAUCUUAUACGUUCGGACCUGACAAGGUUGCUGAAUUCCUUCAGAAACUCGAUCUUGAUCUCAUUUGCCGAGCUCACCAGGUCGUGGAAGAUGGUUAUGAGUUUUUCGCAAAACGACAGUUGGUGACCAUAUUCUCUGCCCCAAAUUAUUGUGGGGAGUUUGACAAUGCUGGUGCUAUGAUGAGUGUGGAUGACACAUUGACGUGUUCGUUUCAAAUCCUUAAACCCACUGAUAAGAAAGGGAAAGGGUUCGGCAGCAUGUCCAGACCCGGAACACCACCUCAUAAGGGGAAGGGAUAACGAGGAUUGAACAAGCAAUAAAUGAAUGAGAAGAAGUGAAGAACAAAAAUGUGUGAGUCCUGUUAUUAGGAGGGGUAUAAUGGAUAUGCAGAGGGAAAAGCUUGUAGCAAAAUUCCGGUGAUACUCAAAGGCAAAAUACAAUGAAAAAUAAGUAAAUAUUUUUGUAAUACUCAUCCUACCCUCAAUAACCUCAACGUACUGAAAGCGAUUGAAACAAUCUUAUCUCUUUUGCCGGCUACGCUUGAUUGUGAUUACCAAUGUUUACUUGUGUCGUUCUUAACGCUUGAUACUAGUUCAUUGUUUAGCAAAAAUGACAACAUGAAUCUGAUUAAAUUUUUAAAUUUAUCCU